AAACGAAGACGUCUCCCAGAAUGCAUCGCUUCAUUUAAAUCGAUCGGCAGCUGCUUUGCAAAAUGGCUGACCAAAACACGAAAGCUAAGGUUGAUCUGGGACUUCUCGAAGAAGAUGACGAGUUUGAGGAGUUUCCUACUGAAGAGUGGACGGCGAAAGCCGAAGACUCCCAAGAUGUGAACGUCUGGGAAGACAACUGGGAUGACGACAACAUUGAAGACGACUUCAGUCAGCAACUCAGAGCGGAACUUGAGAAACAGGGCUUCAAGGUCGACGGAACAGGAGAGCCAAUCAAGACAUGAGUGCAGGCCUCUGGAAGUUUAAGCGCACGUGUCAUCUGAAGAUUUACCCCCCUCCCAUCCAACCCUGAAGAUUUGAUUUGACAUUUUCUUUUUCCUCGCUUUCUGUAUGCUGUGAUAAAAUAAACCUUCUUCCUGA